AUGGAGAUAACAACAUUGGAAAAUGGCACAGAGGAGAUUAUCUGGCGGGGUUAUGACUUUUCAGAAGUUUUGCGAUGGUUUGCUGAGAGAGUUGAUCGUAUCAUCCUGUUGUUUGAUGCUCACAAGUUGGAUAUAUCUGAUGAGUUUUCUGAGGCUAUCAAGGCACUGAAAGGCCAAGAUGAUAAGAUCCGAGUUGUCUUGAACAAGGCAGACCAAGUUGAUACACAGCAACUCAUGAGGGUGUAUGGAGCAUUGAUGUGGUCCCUUGGCAAAGUGAUUGACACCCCAGAGGUUGUACGUGUCUACAUUGGCUCCUUCUGGUCCAAACCUCUGCAGAUUACAGAAAAUCGGAAACUUUUUGAGUUGGAAACAGAAGACCUCUUCAGGGACAUUAAGAGUUUACCUCGCAAUGCUGCCCUUCGCAAACUCAAUGAUCUCAUCAAACGAGCCAGGCUUGCAAAGGUUCAUGCCUAUAUCAUCAGUUAUUUGAAGAAGGAGAUGCCAGCUGUUUUUGGGAAAGAACUCAAGAAAAAGGAGAUGAUAAGUAGACUUGAAGAGAUAUAUUUCACACUCCAGCAGGAGCAUAAUAUCUCUGCUGGUGAUUUUCCCAACGUAAAAAAGAUGCAGGAAAUGCUGCUGUCCUGUGACUUUAGCAAGUUUCAUACCCUGAAACCCAAGAUGCUAGAGUCUGUGGAUGAAAUGUUGGCCAACCACAUCGCUGAGCUGAUGAACCUGAUCCGACAAGAAGAGGCAAGCAAGCCAGCACAGGCUGUGACUGGUGGCGCAUUUGAUGGCAACCUAAAUGGGCCCUUUAACGAAGGAUAUGGUGAAGGCGCUGGAGCAGGCAUAGAUGACAGUGAGUGGAUUGUAGCAAGGGAGAAGUCCAAGUAUGAUGAAAUUUUCUACAUGCUCUCGCCAAUUAAUGGCAAAAUCAGUGGCAACAAUGCAAAGAAAGAAAUGGUGAAGUCUAAGUUGCCAAACACUGUGUUGGGGAAGAUCUGGAAACUGGCUGACUACGAUCGCGAUGGAAUGCUGGACGAUGAGGAAUUCGCUCUGGCCUGUCACCUGAUUAAAAUAAAGCUGGAAGGAUAUGAUUUGCCAGGGGAAUUACCAGGGCACCUCAUUCCUCCAUCCCAGAGAAAGAACUGAGUCGAUUUAGCAUUUCAAAUUAGAGACAAAUUGAAUGGAUGGCAGAAGAGACCAUUCAUUAACUCUGGGGAAGGAUGGUAAAGCCUGUAGAUUUGGGUAUACAAGAUCUAUUUUCUGUACAAUAGAAACGACUUAACCAUAUUUGCUAAAUCACGUGCUGGUGCGUAAUAACUGAAAGGUAUAAAAUAUUAAUGGGUUUGAUACUUAAGACUCAAAAUCUUUCCAGACCAUGACACAGUGCUGUUGCAGCAAACGUCUGACUAAUAUGCCCGAGUAACUCUACAUAGACUCCACGUUUCUGCACUGCCCUGACUGGAUUGGAAUUGCAGAGACCUCCCCACUCCAGUUCCCUCAUGUCUGCCCCUGUAGUCCACCAUCAGCCUGUUUUCUGGGUACCUGAGCAGUCUGGCACAUGAGAGCAAGGUGUGAGAGCUUUCUGCUCCUAAAAGAGGCUGCGAAUGCUCUGAUGGUAACUGUAUGCUACCCUGUCAAUGCAUUGUUUAUCAAAGCCUUCACUCCUGUGUAAAGCAUAUCUUGAUCUGGCCGAUGACUACAGAUAGGGAAAAUUCAUUCAGUGGAAACCUGGGCAUGUGUUGCUUCAAAGCAGUCCCUUAGGCUUGAACGUUUGUAGGUAUGUCAUCACUGCAGUUCUGGGUGAGACCAUUAGCAAGUGCUAAAUGUGUAGGUUGCGAAGGGAUGGAGAUGGCACCAGUACAAUGAGCGGAAGGAUUUAUUUAUUAAUUUAUCUUUAAAAUUUUCUAUUGUAAAAAAAAUUCUGGUGACCAACUUUUUAAAAAAAAUCUCUUGACCUCCAAUAUUUUGUUUGACAGAGACACGUUUAAAAAUUAGGGGCAGGAAAGCUUCACAUGUUGGUCAUUGAGGCAUUGCCUCAACCAGCCAGUAGCAGAAGUACAAACAGAGGGAGGCUCAGCCUUGAAUCCUGGGGUAUGCACUGCAGUGUGACAUUGUGAAUUGUGGAAUGGAAGGUUAACUCCAUGGGGCUGAAUUCUCUUGAACUGAAUCGGAAAUAAACGUUCCAUUAAAAUGACCCCAGAUCAGUUCAGAGUCUUGAGCACAUCAAAAUGGGCAGACUAUACGUCGUCUUGCAUUGUCAUAAGUCACAAAAAUAGAUGCGCUUCUUGCACAUUUAAAGCCUUCUCUUGCUUCCCCUGUGGUGGUGCAUUGUGAUGACCUGCUUUGGUGAUUAAUCUUGUUUUGUAAAUGAUGCCCUGCAGCACAAGCUCCUUGUAGCAGCAAUGGUAGUUAUUCAUCACCCUAAACAACAGCCACAACCGACGUUUAUCAUGUGAUUUUUAAAGUGGAAAUCCUUCUAGACUUCACAGAAGAGGUGUAGGCACAAUAUCUAGCUCUAGGGUGAAGUUGCCAGUGGAGUUAUGUAAGGAUAUGCCUGCUUCUCAGUUGUGUCCCUGCACUUUUAAAACCGAGGUGAUGUUAUCAGGGCAAGCAGAGAAGCUGAUAAUUGUGCAGUAGUAUCUGUUCUGUUAUGAUCUGUUUGAUCUGAGAGGUUACCCAUGCACUCGUUCUUCUCUCAGUUAUGCGGCUACUGUCCACAAGCAGUGGGAGGAACUUUGAAUAGGAAUACAAUCAGGCUAAAUCGUUAUUAGAGUUGUUCAUUGGAUUGAAGGGAAAGAGCCCUUUGGGAGAUGUUAGGAAUUUCUGAAGCUGCACUGUUGUUUGAACGAGAAACACAAUCAGGCCUCAAUUGGCAUGAAAAAACUCAGUCAAAACAAUGAAAAGUUACACUGAAGUGUUGGCAUAGUUGACAUUUUCUAAAAGUUAAGGUCAGAAAAAUUACCCUGUGUGCAGAAUGUGUGCAUGCCUGUCCUUCUAGCAUUCUUCCUGACUCCGCAUCAUUUUGCAUAUUUAAAUAACAUGCACAAUUGAAGUGUAAUUCUCUUGCUCUUCUGUAAUUUCUUAACAGGGUGAAGUUCUGAAAAUUCGUAAUCUGAGAGCUGAUGAGAUGAUAUUGGUUAAUACUGCAAAUCACUUUACAGCUGGACCUUUUAGGAAAGGUUCUAUUUUUAAACUUAGCCACUUCAGUGCAUUAGAGGGACCAACCUGAUUUAGGUCAGUUUCGUUAAGUGCUGAUGCCUCAAGUAUAGACUUUUGCAGAUAAGCCUUGUUUUAUCUUGCCCUGUUUAUGAAAUGCUGAUAAUUAAGCAUAUGUCUAUUUACUAAGACCGUUAAGGUAGUUUCAGGGAAAUACUAAACGUGAUAGCUGAAUUUGGGCCUGUUUUGAAAGGUUCAGUAAUGAUGGAAGGUGCCAAUUCAAACUUUUCUGGCACCAUUGCUGCAAAGUAUUGCAAUGACCCUUUAUUGAGGAGUGACAAUAUCAUAACAGAAGAGAUCCCAGGUGCUUGAUGACAGUGACUGAUCCUAGAUAAGUUGCAGACAGUACCUUCUGCCAUUUGUAAUUGACCUCACACAACAGUGGUGAACAAUACACUGUCCAUUUCCCCAGUUAUAGUUUUAACUCCAAAAUUCAUUGUUAGUGUGUAGAGCCAUACAACAUGGAAACAGACCCUUUGGUCCAAGCUGACCGUGUUCCCAAACUAAACCAGUCCCAACUGUUUGCGUUUGGUCCAUAUCCUUCCAACCUUUUCUACUCAUGAACUUAUCCAAAUGUUGUAACUACUUGAUUCCACCAAUUUCUCUGGAAAUUCAUUCCACACAGAAACCACUAUCUGUGUAUAAAAAAAAAUGUUGCCUCAUGUUUUUUUUUGUCUUUCUCCUCUCUUCUUAAAAAUAUGCCCCCUAGUUUUGAACAUUGCUUCCAUAAGGAAAAGACCCUUGCCAUUCACCUUUAUAUAUACCUGACAUGAUUUUAUAAACCUCAGUAAGGUCACCUCCCCCCCACCCCCCAACCUCCUAAGCUCCGGUGGAAAAAGUCCCAGUCUAUCCAAACUAUUUUUUAUAUCUAUAAGCCCUCCAUUCCUGGCAACAUCCUAGUAAAUCUUUUCUGAACCCUCUCCAGUUAAAUAAAAACCUUCCUGUAACAGGUGACCAGAACUGCGCACAGUACCUAAGUAGAGGCCUCACCCAUGUCUUGUACAACCUCUAUAAGACACCCCAGCUCCUUUAUUCGAUGGUCUGAGCAAUGAAGGCAAGCGUGCUAAACAGCUUCUGAACCACUUUGUCUCCUUGUGAUGCAAAUUUCAAAGAAUUAUGCACCUGAGCCCCUAGGUGUCUCUGUUCUAUAACAUUACUCAGGGCUCUACCAUUAACUCUAUAAGCCCUGUCCUAGUUUGUUUUUACCAAAAUACAACACUUCACAUUUAUCCAAAUUAGACUCCAUCUGCCACUCUUCAGCCCAUUGACCCUUGUGACUCGAGCUUUAUUGACAGGUAUUUUUGGUAAUUCCUAUCUGAUAAAUCUGAAGAUUUUAAACUGAUGUAUAUUUGCUCAAUAAUGACAGUUUUUGGUUUUGAAGUGAGUUUGUGAAUUUUUAAGUCUGAUCCACUGCAUUCACCUCUUGACAUUAGCCUUCUGUGUUACAGCAGUGUGUUUGUUGCACUCCUGUUGGGUGGCUUGGAACAAACACCGCUGCUUCUCAUAAAUCUCAAACAAAGUGACAUCCCGUCUGUUUUUGCUGUCCUGUGUAAUUCUGAAUGUGACACUGGAUUUCAAGUGUGUAUAGUUGUAUUAUGCAGUUUGCGUAUCAUUUAAAAAGACAUGCUGUGACAGCUCAGAGUUUGAAGCUAAACAGUUUCUUAAACUUUGAACACCCAUAGAAUUUGCUUCUAAAGAACUGAAUGAAACAAGUGUCUGCUGCCGUCUAGAGGCUAUAUAACCAUAGUAAUGCUGCUGUAGCUACUGACAGCCCUCAAUUAAGUGGAAAUGUCUUUAAUCUGCUUGCUGGCAGACUUGUCCUGGGAACAAGUAGUCUUUCAAAUCACUGUGUACUUGUAUAUCAAUGCAGAUCCUCGGAUGGUUGCCACUGAAGCUGCUUGAUUAAUUUUUGUUAGUAGGAAUAGACGUUAUGAGUGCAAACCUUUUCAUAUAAAAUAUAUUCAGAAAUUAAUUGCGAGGGAUAACUGGAGACUGAAAUGAAUUUACAGUUUAGCUCUCCCUUUUGACUGGAAGAAAGAUCUUAAUUGUAAUGUAGUAAACAAUGAAUUCUGCCUGAGAAUCCAGAGUGCUGGCACUUUAAGUCCUGAUGUUUCACUUUUCUGUGAAACGAGCAAUAAGCCAGAUGUUGACACACUUCAAAUCAUUUUAGUUCCUGUCUGCAAGAUGAGAGAUUGUUCACUUAUGCACUUAACUAAGUAAUGUUGUCCAAAUUUAAAAAUGGGGCUUGCUACUUAUGAAAAUUUGUUAUAAAAGUUAAAUGCCUGAAAUGCAAAUAAAGGAGAAAAAUUAGCAAUGCUUGGCAGGUCUGGCAGCGUAUGUAGGGAGAGAAGAGCGGUGUUAACAUUUCAGGUCAAUGACCUUUUAUCAGAACUGGAAAAAGCUAGAAAUGUAAUAGGUUUUCAACAAGGGGUGGCAUGGGAGGGAAAAAAACCAACCAAGGAACUUCAGAGAUAGUGGGAACUGCAGAUGCUGGAGAAUCUGAGAUAACAAGGCGUAGAGCUGGAUGAACACAGCAGGCCAAAC